AUGCCUCGGACCACGCUGCUCCCGACGCCGGCGUCGUCGACCGACAUCAAAGGCCAGGACGGCUCCAAGAUGGCCUCGCUGCAGUUGGCCUUUGAGCUGCCGCCACCCGCCGUGGCCAGCGAGGGCAGCCCGAGCCUGCCAACCACCACGGCCACGCUGUAUCCGACGCAGGCGAGCGAGACCGUGAAGUCGCGCCGUCGCUCGUCCGCCGCGAACCCGCCCAAGGAUCAAUUCGCCCUUCCGCCACCACCCACCCGUUCUCGCAAGAUCAUCCAGAUGAAGCCUCGCGAAGAGGCCAGCGCCGAGACGCCGUCUUCGAACGCAAAGAAGAGCGGCACCGCGGCCGCGUCCACCGCCGCAGCGGCGGCCGGCACCAAGAGGAAACAGCCGUCGGCGACGAGCGCCGCGGGGCGCAAGAUCGCCAGGAAGACAGCGCACAGCCUGAUCGAGCGGCGGCGGCGGUCCAAGAUGAAUGAGGAGUUUGCGGUGCUCAAGAGCCUCAUACCGGCGUGCACCGGAGAGAUGCACAAGUUGGCCAUCCUGCAGGCCUCGAUCGAGUACGUCAGGUAUCUGGAGGACUGCAUUGCGAAGCUCAAAGCCCAAUGCGGGUCCGACGCGAAAGCCGACGCAGAAACAAAACGUGCCCCGUCGGGGCUGCCGUCGCCGGCCCUCGGAGACGGCUAUAAUGCCAGCCGCAGCUAUCCGUCGACAAACCACUCGGGGUCCCCGGACAUUGAGAUGACCAGUUCGCCGAGCGUGGCUUCACCCGGCUUCACCCCGAUCGCCGGACGCUCCCAGCAGCCGUCGGUCUCCCCGGCGCUGGCGCCUGAAGACGCGCGGAACCGUCACAACUCGUACUCGUCCGUCUCGUCAGAGUACCGUCUCCAUGGGUACAGCACACCAGCAACAACCUCGCCUUUCUUUGGCCCGCAGCAUCCGCAUUCAGCCUACGGCUCGGCGUUGACGAGCCCUGCCCUUCCGCCCCAAAGAGACCUCGACCAGGAGGCCACGGCUGCGCUGCUGAUGCUGAACCAGAUGGACAGGCGCGCGAGCAGUACUAGCACGAUCGCGCCGCGAGGCAUGAGCGUGAGGGACCUCCUCAGUAGCUGA